AUGCAUUGUGAUUCGGCCUAUCGCAUACUGCGUCGCCAUGCUAACGUCAUCCUGAAUCUGUUCUCCCUAUGUUGGAUCUUGAUCCACAACAUUUCCGAAGAGCGGGAUAAAGCCGUGUUCAAAGUGGAAGAACGUCUGCGAUUGGAUCUGAGCGAUGAAGCAGCUUCGGUACAUAUUUUCGGAGUUAUCGAAACAAGCAUGAACUUCCUCAGUAUGAAUGUCGGAAUCGUGAUGGACGUGCUGCACGAUUUGAAGCAGAACCUUAGCUGGUAG